GCUGAAAAUGUUGAAAUGUCUGACGUGAACUUUGUGACUAGACUAAAAACUUACCCUCUGAGAAAUUAAAGCUAAACCAGACAUCUGGCAUGAAGGAUGAAAAUGUUUCCGGUAGGCGACUGUUAGAAGUUUUUGGUAUGAACUUGUUUUUUUUUCUUUUUUGCCACGCUGUAUAUGUUCGUGUGACGUUAUGGUUUACAACGUAGCUGUUUGUAACAUCAGCUGAUUAACUCAACAUAAAACACGAGGUCUAUUCAAAAGGUGUAAUAUUCGUUAUAAGAUGCACAAGAUGGUAAAAAACGCGUCACAAGCUUUUGACGUGAACUUGGCGUGUCGUCGGAAACCACAAAACCUUAUCAGUUUACAAGAGGGAUUAGCUGAAGGUCAGCUGACCCUAGCAUGCUCCACCACUGACUGGAGCCUGGAGUAAAAUGGAGACUACAUGCUGGGAUGUAAUGUUUGCGAUCCUCCAGGUAUGGCUGUAUGCAGUGAUGGGGCUCAUCAUGUUCCCUGCGAUGUUUGGAGUCUCACUUGGCUUCAGUGAUCUCUACAUUAGGGUGCUUGUCAGAACACUGAAGUGGGCCACCAGGAGGAUUCAGAGAGGGCAAAAGGAACGGCUUGAACUGCCAGCACAUCUCCCCAAUGGAAUUAUCCAGAGGAACGAUGGCUCUAUGGAAGAAGAGAUUGGAGACCUGCGUAGAUCUCAUCCGAAACCUGUCAACGGUGGGGACUUCACACUCUCUGAUGUCUUUUAUUUUUGCAAGAAGGGUGUUGAGUCCAUCGUGGAGGAUGAAGUCACUCAGCGAUUCACAUCUGAAGAGCUGGCUUCCUGGAACCUUCUGACUCGCACCAACAACAACUUCCACUUCAUUAGCGUGCGACUCACCAUCAUAUGGGGUCUGGGAGUAUUCAUUCGAUAUUGUGUUCUCCUUCCACUCAGGGUUACCUUGGCUGUUAUUGGACUGAGUUGGCUAGUGAUUGGCACAUCGCUUGUAGGUCUGCUACCCAGCAGCAGUGUGAAAGACUGGACCAGUGAUCUGAUUCACAUUACGUGCUACAGGAUCUGUGCUAGAGGACUUUCAGCUACCAUCCACUACCACAAUAAAGAAAAUCGCCCAAAGAAAGGGGGAAUUUGUGUAGCAAACCACACCUCUCCGAUCGACAUUGUCAUUUUGGCGAAUGAUGGAUGUUAUGCCAUGGUGGGUCAGGUUCAUGGCGGAAUGAUGGGGGUCAUCCAAAGGGCGAUGGCACGAUCCUGCCCACACGUGUGGUUUGAGAGGUCAGAGAUGAAGGAUCGACAUGCAGUGGCCAAAAGGUUGAGAAAUCAUGUUGCUGACAAAACCAAGCUGCCUAUUCUUAUCUUCCCAGAAGGAACUUGCAUCAAUAACACCUCUGUCAUGAUGUUCAAAAAGGGGAGUUUUGAAAUUGGAGGGACAAUUUAUCCUGUAGCAAUAAAGUAUGACCCCCAGUUUGGAGAUGCUUUCUGGAACAGUGCAAAGUACAACAUGGUGAGCUACCUCCUGAGGAUGAUGACCAGCUGGGCCAUAGUAUGUAACGUCUGGUACCUUCCACCUAUGAAUCGACAGGAUGGAGAGGAUGCUGUACAAUUCGCCAACAGAGUGAAAUCAGCUAUAGCACUGCAGGGGGGACUGGUGGAUCUAUUCUGGGACGGAGGCUUGAAGCGAGAGAAGGUAAAGCAGUCGUUUAAAGAGGAGCAGCAGAAAAUGUACAGCAGUAUGAUUGUGGGACAAGACUAGACAAGAAAGUCAAAUGUCCAUGUUUUCUCUUCGUUCUUCUGGACUCUGAGUGAACGGAGUUGACGGUUAGAUAGAAUCACUGUCAAUAGACCUUUUUAUAGACUCUUAUAACCCAAUGACUGGGAUUUAUUUAGGCAUCAGAUAUGAACAAAUCAGGUAAAUUCUGUGUCUACUAUAUUUUUUAAAAGACCCACAAGCAUAAAACACACAUAGACUUGCAUACAGUAUAGUUGCUCCAAUUAGCAGCAAUUUACAAAGUGGACUUUUUUUAUCAUCAGCAAAGUUGAGUCUUUGCUUUAACCUUUUUUGUAGAUGCAGAUAGUCAGUGGAAACAUUACUUCACAAACGCUUGGAUUUUCCAAUGGGCACUUUGUGUAGUGCCUUUAUGAUUAAACAGUGAUUUAAUUAAAAAAAAAAAAAUUAAUGCAAAGUAAUGUUAUUCUUAACAUUAUGGAUCUUAACGUUUUGAAACAAAUUUAGUUGCUAAGAAGUCGCCAAUAAGACUACCAAGUGUACAACAUGAAGCUACAUGAGCACAUCUGUAUGACAUCACUGAAGAACUGGUUGUGGGUUUGAGAGACAGAUUUGCACAAGGAACUUUAGACAAUUUUUCGAGUAUUUCAUGUUUUUUGCUGCUCAAUUUUAUUUAUCUAUUGGAGUUGGGGUUACCUAAAUUUUCCUUCAAGUGCACACACCCAUGUGUUUAAUUCCUAUUAUUCCACUGCAGUUUGUUAACAAUCACUUUAAGAACGUCACGGAAUCCAUCCAUUUCUUUAAUGCUGAGUGUGUAUUUUUUUAUUUUUAAGAGCACUUUCUAUUUUCUUAUCGAUUUCAAAUUCAGUGAAUUCUGUCUGAAAUGCUGCUUUCUGAUCUCUCUCUCACACACACACACACACACACACUUCAUUUCAUGCAAAAAAAACAUCAUGAUUUCCGUUGUAAAAUGUUUAAAUGUCACAUGUUCUUUUAAAUCACAUCUUGUGCUGUUGUUGUUGUUGUUUUUCUCAGAGCAUUUUGUGAAUCUUAUGUAAUAAAUACGUCUGUCCUGUGACCACA